ACAAGAGUUGUUCAACUAUGCGUGACAGGAUCGUCGACAUACCUUAAGACAACAGACCAGAGCGGACACGGAACGGGCAGGGUCAUACGAAAUUCGUGUGAAACUAAAAACAGCUAAACCAUGAGGGAGCGGGGAUGUAGUAAAGUUGAAGUAUGUCUUACAACGGCAAAUAUUAUUGGAGUUAUAGCUAUAGUUAUGAUAGCUGCCGUCAUCGGCACUGACAGAUGGGUGAUGUGGACUGUGGACAGGACUAAACUAACUGCAGUCCAGCGAGGAGAUACUACCAGCGCCCGUUUCUACCACACCCGACAUCGGGGAAUGUUUCGAGAGUGUUAUCCUGGCAACGACACUUCAUUUUUAGACAAUUCAAAUGAUGUCAUUGACAAGAACUGCUUCCAACUGAAUUUCGUUGACAACAUAGAUGGGUCAAGCGCCGAGUACCAACUCAUGAUAGGACUGUACACUUCUUUCAUGGCCUUGUUCGUGGUGGCAGAGAUUGUAUUUGUUGUGGCAUACAUCUUGGGGUUGUGUCUCUGUGUCAGAAGAUUACAUUCACAGGCAUGCUAUGCCUCCAUUUUCUGCUUUAUAGCCGCAUUCAUACUGGCCCUGGGGAUGGCCCUGUUCCAUGCCUCAAUAUACGUGCAGAGGGAACAAGUGAGGGACGUGCUAACAGACCGACAGAAAUAUUAUCAAAUGUGGCCAAACGAGCUGAAGCUGGCUACUGUGCGUGAAUUCAAGGAAUCCUACAUCGUCGCAUGGGUUGGAUUAAUCCUUGCCGCGAUAACUGCUAUCUGCUAUGGUUUGGCUGCAAAGUUCCUGGCAGACAACAAACACAGACGACGUCCAUACCCCGAGAAGGCGUAUCGUGAGCCAUAUUUCUAUGACAAUCCUCAGUAUGCUCUCGACCCAUACCAACCCAAGGUUAUUCCAGUGGAAUACCCAACCUAUGCCCCUCGCCCACAAUACUAUGACGCACCAAGACCCAUAAUGUAUUCUGCUGAUGGCUAUCGAGAGGAUAUGCCUGGAUAUAGGAUACGGGAACUGACACAAUAGGCAGAGCACACAUAAGCCAUGCGAUCUGUCUAAAAAAGUAAAUUCCGAAUUGCAAUAUAAACCAGAUCAUGCCAGUUAAAGAUCUGUAUUUUGUUGAACUAACAUUAACAGCUGCCUCAACUGAACCAAGAAAAUAACGUGCCUUUGUAUAGAUGUUUAUGAUAGAUUCUCCACAGCUGGCAUGCUUGUGCUGAUCUUUUAUCUUUCCAGAUAUUUUAAACAUAUAAUGAUAAACACAUAUUCUGCAAAUAAUACAAUGGAUAUUGAAAGGCAAAGAUUACUACCCCGACCUUCAGCUGGACACUCAUAUAGUCACUAUACAAAACUCCUUCUGUUUUAUUCUUACUGUGUAACCAAAAUCUCGUUUUCCCUAAUAUUAUAAUACUCCCAUCAAAACAAUUACCUUCUCAUAAAUUGAAUAUGGUUUCGUUGUGUAUGCUAAUUUUACAAAAUGAAAAAAACGCAUUAUAAUAUUCUUGUCUUCGUGUCACUGAAACAGACAUGUCCAAGGGGUGCACCGUAUAUUGUUUACAUUUUGAUGUAUAUAUUUUUAUAAAACUUCAUUCAACUUGUUCGCGAUAAGUCUUAUUUGCUUUUUUUAACUAUUGCAAACGAAAAUAAAAAUACGUUUGCAUUCAUUAUGAUAUUACUCCAAAGCAGUUACAUGUAUCACAACAUAUUACAAACAUAAUCAGGUUAACUCUAGAUAAUUAAUAUAUAUCAAAUAAUAUUAUUCCUGGAGUUCAAGGGUCUCUCUGUCUUUGUAAAGUAAUAGUGUGUCAUAAUUACAAUUGUAAUAAUAAGUGCACCAAAACAUAGUCCGUACAAUGAAACAUUAAAUUUUAUGUAACGCAUUAUGUAACAACAAUAUGUACAGGCUUUAUGAUUGGAAUAUACAAGAUUUGUAGGGUAGUGUUGUCUAGGUGUCAGGUUAACUCGUCACGUGGAACAUGGCACAAAACUCAAGUAUGUUCGGUUGAAUUCCAGCGAUAAGCAAUUUGUUUACAAUCAGUAAAGAUAACUAUAAAUUAAUAUGUCAAUAUCUGUUACGUUUCAUUCAGAAAAUAUUGGUAUUAUGGUAUGGAGUCAUUUGUGACACUAAUUUUGUUUGCAUUGAAGAAGUUUAACAAAACUGGACAUACUUGAUCAAAUUUGUCUUGAAUUUGACUGAUUUAACGCAAAUUAAUGAAUAACUUUAUACAAGCUUGCUACAAUGUAUUACUACUUUGACCAUAUAUGAGUCAAACUAAAUGGCAUCAAACAGGAAUAAAAGCAGAUGUUAGUGAGAAUGCAUGUCACUGGAAAUUUCUGAAAGUCUAAAGUUAUCGUCUGUUACAUGUUUGGCAUGCUGGGGUUGAUUCUGUUUCAACGAGAUGCAAACAUCUUUCAGUUCAACAUGAUUUUAAUGGACAACGUCAGUUAUUAUUAUUUGUGUCAGCCCUAGGAUGAGAUAGCUUUGAAAUACAACAGAGAACGUAUGUAUUUAGGUAUAUUCAAACAGUCUUAUGAUCUGAGACGGAGAUGCUUGUGAUAAAGAAGGUAUCUAUCCACAUGUCAGUUAUAUAUUGAAUCUAAUCUCUCUAUAACAAAUGUGCGGCCAAUGUGUAACAAUAUAUUUUAGUUGCUUAUAGCUUACGUGUUCCUGAUGUGUAUAUAUCGAUUCAGAAUAAACUGUUAUUCAUA